CUCUAAACACUAAACAACCCCUCAAACACGUCCUUAAAAAGAGCCUCUUCCUCGCUAGUCACACCACAACUAGCUAGUUUAGUUACAAUGUUUUCCUCUACUGGUUCUUUUUUUUCUCUGUUCUUCUUUAGUUUUCUUCUUGUUUUGCUCCUAUCUUUCUAUCAAGUAAACUCGUCUUCUACACCCACCAAAAUUGGCAAAGGCUACCGUCUCAUUUCCAUCGAAGAGACCCCUGAUGGAGGCAUUGUAGGCAUCCUCCAAGUCAAGCAAAAUAACAAAAUCUACGGUCCUGAUAUCCCCCUCUUGCAGCUCUAUGUCAAGCAUGAAACACAGGAUCGUUUAAGGGUCCAUAUUACUGAUGCAGAGAAGCAGAGAUGGGAAGUGCCAUACAAUCUGUUACCAAGAGAGAAAGCACAAGCAUUGAAGCAAACAAUAGGGAGAUCAAGAAAGAACCCAAUAACUGUUCAGGAAUACUCAGGCUCUGAGCUAAUUUUUAGCUACAUAGCAGACCCUUUUAGUUUUGCAGUGAAGAGAAAAUCAAAUGGGCAGACCCUUUUCAAUUCAAGCUCUGACGGUUCAGGGUCAUUUGGUGAAAUGGUGUUUAAAGAUCAGUACUUGGAGAUAUCAACACAGUUGCCUAAAGAUGCUUCAUUGUACGGUCUUGGAGAGAACACACAGCCGCAUGGUAUUAAGCUGUACCCUGGAGUUCCAUACACCUUGUAUACAACUGAUAUCUCCGCCAUUAAUCUUAAUGCUGAUCUAUAUGGGUCCCAUCCGGUAUACAUGGAUCUCAGGAAGGUGAAGGGCCAAGCUUAUGCUCAUGCUGUUCUGUUGUUGAACAGCAAUGGCAUGGAUGUGUUCUAUAGAGGGACUUCUUUGACAUACAAGAUUAUUGGGGGUGUUUUUGACUUCUACUUCUUUUCUGGACCCAGUCCUCUUGCUGUUGUUGAUCAGUACACCGCUUUAAUUGGAAGACCAGCUCCAAUGCCUUACUGGGCUUUUGGUUUCCACCAAUGCAGAUGGGGUUACCAUAACCUGUCUGUGGUUGAAGAUGUUGUCGAGAACUACAAAAAGGCUCAGAUCCCACUUGAUGUCAUUUGGAAUGAUGACGAUCACAUGGAUGGCCACAAGGACUUCACCCUCAACCUUGUCAACUAUCCUCGUCCAAAACUUUUGGCUUUCCUAGAGAAGAUACACAGCAUUGGCAUGAAGUAUAUUGUAAUUAUUGAUCCUGGAAUUGGUGUUAAUUCUAGUUACGGUGUGUACCAAAGAGGCAUUGCCAAUGAUGUAUUUAUCAAGUAUGAGGGUGAGCCCUACUUAGCUCAAGUUUGGCCAGGAGCUGUCAACUUUCCUGACUUUCUCAAUCCAAAAACAGUAGACUGGUGGGGUGAUGAAGUUCGUCGGUUCCAUGAACUUGUCCCUGUUGAUGGUCUUUGGAUUGACAUGAAUGAAGCUUCAAAUUUUUGUUCUGGACUGUGCAAAAUCCCAAAGGGCAAGCAGUGUCCAAGUGGAACUGGACCUGGUUGGGUCUGCUGCUUGGAUUGCAAAAACAUAACAAAAACAAGAUGGGAUGAUCCACCUUACAAGAUAAAUGCUUCAGGAUUGCAGGUUCCAAUAGGGUACAAAACCAUAGCAACCAGUGCUGUUCACUACAAUGGUGUUUUGGAGUAUGAUGCUCAUAGCCUCUAUGGAUUCUCUCAGGCCAUUGCUACUCACAAGGCCCUGCAAGGUCUUGAAGGCAAGAGGCCAUUUAUAUUAUCACGCUCCACUUAUGUUGGAUCAGGCAAAUAUGCUGCUCACUGGACCGGUGAUAAUAAAGGCACUUGGGAGGAUUUGAAAUAUUCCAUUUCUACUAUGAUAAAUUUUGGUAUUUUUGGGGUACCAAUGGUUGGUUCAGAUAUAUGUGGGUUUUAUCCUGCACCCACUGAAGAGCUUUGCAACAGGUGGAUUGAGGUGGGCGCUUUCUAUCCCUUCUCAAGGGAUCAUGCGAACUUCUAUUCCCCAAGGCAGGAGCUUUAUCAAUGGGAUUCAGUAGCUGAGUCUGCUAGAAAUGCACUUGGUAUGAGGUACAAGAUUCUUCCAUAUCUCUACACACUGAGCUAUGAGGCUCAUACGACAGGAGCCCCAAUUGCUAGACCACUUUUCUUCUCCUUCCCAGAUUACACUGAGUGUUACGGGUUGAGCACCCAGUUCUUGCUCGGAAGUAGCCUCAUGAUAUCUCCGGUGCUUGAGCAAGGGAAAUCACAGGUUAAAGCACUCUUUCCUCCUGGUAGUUGGUACAACUUAUUCGAUAUGACACAGGCCAUUACAUCGGAAGGAGGGCAGUAUGUCACUCUUGAUGCACCCUUGCAUGUUGUUAAUGUGCAUUUGCAUCAGAACACAAUCCUACCCAUGCAGCAGGGUGGAAUGAUCUCUAAGGAAGCCAGAAUGACACCUUUUGCCCUUGUAGUGACCUUCCCUGCAGGGGCUAGUGAUGGAAAAGCUGCUGGGAAACUUUUCCUUGAUGACGACGAGCUCCCGGAAAUGAAACUGGCAAGCGGAUCGGCAACAUAUGUCGAUUUCUAUGCAACCUUAAGUCAAGGAACUGUGAAAUUGUGGUCAGAAGUUCAGGAAAGCAAGUUUGCUUUAGAUAAGGGUUGGAAAAUCAGUAAGGUAGCAGUGUUGGGAUUAGGUAGAAGCGGGGCACCAUCAGCACUGGAGUUUGAUGGGAAGCCGGUAACCGCUGCUUCAAACAUCGAGUUGACCUCAUUGGAGCAGAAAUAUCUUGAGGACCUCCAAGUUGGCAGUGAAAAGAAGAGUAGUGUGAUGGUAGAAGUUAAUGGCUUGGAAAUUCCUGUUGGCAAAAACUUUGCCAUGUCCUGGAAAAUGGGGAUCAGCGGUUGAGCUUUGAGAAGGCUCAUUACUUCUAUUUCAGAUUAUGUAUUGAGAUUGUUGAUGCAUUUGAUGUUUGUUGUCAGGGUUCUUACGGAGAAGAGAUGAGCUAAAAUAUGUUCAUCCUUUUCUAUCCAAAGCAAUUAAAGAGUCUCUAGAUUUCACUGCUUUCUUAAUAAGCGCAUUCUCAUUGAUAUUGUAGUUUAAAAUGCAGCUAUGCAAUGUCAAGUUCCUGGAGUAAUUCUAUAACAUUAUGAAGUAUUCUUGUGCUAUCA